GCAGCUGCGGCCGGUGUUCCUGCCGGAGCGCGGGAGGUGGCACCGGGGCUGCGGGAGCAUGGCCGCGCCGUGGGCCGCCCGCGGGCUGCGGGCCGGGAAACGGUACAUCUCCACGCCAGCUUUCUCUCGGCUGACGCCCGAUGAGGUGGUUCGGAUGCGAAAUGAGCUCUUCACCAAAGAGAAAGAGAGACAAUUGUCUCUUCACCCACGGAUUGAGAAGAUUGAAGUGAAAUACACUGGGAAGCUGCACCCUGGCAGUGUGUUUGUCAUGAACAAGGCUCUGUCCACACCGUAUAACUGUGCCAUGCAUUUAAGUGAAUGGCAUUGCAAGAACUCUGUUCUGGCUUUUGUGGAUGGUGAAAUCUGGGACAUGUACAGACCCCUGACCAAAUCAUGUGAAAUUCAGUUCCUUACCUUCAAAGAUGAAGAUCCAGAGGAAGUAAACAAGGCAUAUUGGCGUUCCUGUGCCAUGAUCAUGGCGUGUGUGCUAAAGAGAGCAUUCAAGGAUGAAUACUCAGUCAAUCUAGUUAAAGCUCCAGAAGUGCCAGUGAUCUCUGGAGCUUUCUGUUAUGAUGUGGUUUUGGACAAUAAACUGAAUGACUGGAAACCAACAAACGACAACUUCUGUUCUCUUACACGGGAUGCCAAAAAGCUAAUCCAUCAAGACCUGCCCUUUGAAACACUGCAUGUUGAAGCAAAAGUAGCUCGUGAAAUGUUUCAGCAUAAUAAAUACAAAAUGGAGAUGAUAGAAAGAAAAGCUUCUCAGAAUAUGGAAGGAAUUGUACCAUUACAUAGGUUUGGUGACUUUGUAGAUGUCAGUGAAGGUCCUCAUAUUCCAAGGACAAGUUUCUGUUUCCAGUAUGAGAUAACAGCAGCCCAUAAUCUUCAGACUGACCAGUCUGAAUUGAUAAGGAGAUUCCAGGGUGUGUCCUUGCCAGUCCAUUUGAAGGCUCACCACACUGUGUGGCACAAACUGCUGGAAAGAUCAAAGAGGCUGGUCACUGAAGAAUAUUUGGAAACAGCAGCACAAUGUCUUGAGGCGAAAGAUGGAACUGAAGAAGGAAAACAUAUCAAUUUAAAUUAAGUUGAACCUCUAAAUGUACAUAAUAAAACAUGUAUUUUUACAUGA